GAGCGCUGAAGGGUUCGCUGUUCGGCAGGGCAUGGGCCCCGGCCCCCUGAUAUUUUCCCCAUUCAUCAGGCCUUCAGGCCUGGGUAGUGAGCCACUCAUCCCCACAUCGAGCAGGCAACCAGAAAUUGCCUUACAAGGAAAAUAAAAAUAAAAAGUGUUGAGACGCAAUCGAGUCCUCGUCCUACUCUUUUGCCUUCCCCGCUAACCGAGUGGCUCAUCCCUUAUGCUCACACCAUCACACACGAUUGCUUUGCGCUUUUUGCCUUUAAAGGCAGAAACGCGCGCUGCAAAAAAAACAAUCGUAUUCGAAAUCCACAGCACACCUAGUGGUUUAAAAGAAGCGGGAAAAAUGUGUGGACUGACCACAACACACACACCAUUGUUUAAUUCCAGGGAUUUAAACCCACUUCGCAGAUCAUUCACAACCGUUUCUCUUCUCUCAAACACUAUCACAAAAUGCCUGCUACAGGACGUAACUCAAAACCAGUUGAAUGCUCUGUCUGCCGCAAGGUUAUUAGCCGCAAGGCCGAUCUUCCUAGACACAUGCGUACUCACGCUGAAAACAAGGAGGCCUUUAUGCACGCAUGUCCAUAUGAUGGCUGCGAUUACAAGACCCUCCAGAAGUCCAACGUCCAAACGCACAUCAGGACCCACACCCGUGAACGCUCGAAGACGUGUCCUCACCCUGAGUGCCCCUUUUCUACCACCGACCCAGGCAGCCUGACGCGUCACCGCAAGUCAGAACACGGCUACAAGCCCAAAGCGCGUCGCAUUCCUGACGACAAAGCUGCUCGAAAGGACGCCGCUGCACCUUAUCCCAUCACUCGAAUUGCGAAACCAGAGGUCUCAUGCCCUGCGGUGCGCUCUCGCCAUCCGAGUCCAGCGACUCCCAAUUCUCGGGCGAGUUCACGAUACUCACCCUGGACCGACUCGUCCCCAAUCUCUCUGCGGAGAAGUCCAUCUCCAUAUGUGGUCAGCCCUCUCAGCUCCCCGUCCCCACCCCGAACUACUUCCAACCUUCAACCGUCCCCACCGAUCUCUCCACUGUCCACAUCGACCCGCAGUUACUCUCCGAUACCGCGCGGCCGCACGUUCACGAUUUCGGAUUACUGUCUCAGUCCCAGCCCAUCUCCUAUGAGGACUUACAGCCCGUCUCCAGAACCGAUGUGAACAACAAAUUACCAGUUGAACUGGAGGAGCUUUUACAGAAAUAUGGCUCGGGGUCCUUUCAAGGCCGCUGCGAGUACCUU